AUGCACCCGACUGCCUCCUCCAUAGCGGACUAUGCGCGCAGAAAUCACCAUGUUGUCGUUCCACUACUCUUCUCCGUCCUCGCUGCAACCGCAAACGUACACGCACCCGUACAGCACCAGUUACUCAUAGCCUCCGUAUCUUGGGCCGCCAUAUGCAUACCAACGCUCUUCCGAGCUGGGCUCGGAUCACCAGAUGCGGCUAAGAGGAAAACACAUUGGCUGGCAGGAGGGUUUUUGGCACUUUCGCAUAUAUGCGAAAGGGCAGCGUGCGACAAGGAGGGCACAUGGUCUACCAAGGGCUUGCUUCCUUUGCUAGCCGUCUUCUUGUCUGGGAGAGGUGGACUCUUCAAGCACCUUGCCUUGCCCACUCACGCUUCGUCGACGAACCCCGCAAAAGAGAGCGCUGCAGCCACCGAACAGCAGACUCAAUCGCCGUCUGUCCGCAUACUGGCCGUAAUCACCCUCUCCGCGAGCCUCGCCUUAGUCACGGGCUUUACUGCAUCUUCCACAUUUGCCCUCGGCAUCAGUAGCGUCAUAUUCGCCGCUGUCGGCUUCGUCCUGUUCGAGUCCGCUCUGAAGUCGUCAAGCGACGACGAAACCUUUCUUGAGUCAUCACAAGUACCUAUCAACCGCAAUCUCAUGCGCCCAGGCUCAGGCAAUGGACUUAUACGGAGGGAGCAGUUCGUUGUGCUUCGAGACGUGGCUGUGGUCAUGGCUUUGGUCUGCGGUCUGGCAGCCUAUCUCAUGGAGCCGCCCAUCACUUCCUCUACCAUUUCGUGGGAGCCGGUCUACCGAUUUGGUGGCGAUUCAGUGAAAACAGUCCGGCAUUACCAGACAGUCCAGCUCGUCUUGGUCCUCAUUCUUGUCAAUACCCUUCUCAAUGCAUUGAUAUUUCUUAUACUCAUUGAUUCCGCCGAGAAAGAUUUCCGGGAUUUGCUUGGUAGGCAGUCCAAAUCACUAGGAGAAGCGGUAAUCGAAUACCGUCGACGAAACGGAAUUACGCCACCACCAUACUUCGAUAAAUGGUACGAGUUCGCCACUCGCAACGGUGUUGUACUCAUUGAUGAGUUCGACACGAUCACACAAACAUUGCUUCCGUAUUGGAGUUUGAAGCCUUCUACAAUCCGGUCGCGGAUUAGAAAUGCCCUGGGCAAUGAGGAUAGUGCAUUGAUCGCCAUCCUGAUACGCGAUGGCAGCAUAGCCAAAGCGGAGGGUGAACCUGAUUGGCAACGAAAUGCUACCGCCGGAAUGAUGGAGAAAUUCGUGCAGUACCUCCCAGAUAUGGACUUGGGAUUUAAUAUCCACGACGAACCACGAGUAGUAGUGCCGAAUGAUCAUCUCUCAGCAAUGGUCGCAAAGGCGCAAGAAGUCUUGUUCGCACUGGCGAAGAAAGACCUGCCUAAGAAUAGCUUCUCCCCACGUCCAUCAGACGUUUCUAGCGGGAAACGAAUCGAAGAAGUGAGCUAUAGUCGCUUCAAUAGAUUCGCGCAUCAGCAGACAUGGACACAUUCACGCUUGUCCUGCCCCGCACGUAGUCAAGCACAACAGUUCGAGGACCAGGUCGUGGACAAUCUGACUGCAUACGCUGCUGGCCCGCUGAACUAUGUGCUUAAUCAAACCGCCUUUACCGACAUCUGUAAUUCACCCUCUUUUUCGGGAUCCUACGGCUUCUUCGAGCGCCCGAACGCAUUUAGCGUUGUUCACGAACUCACGCCCAUAUUCUCACAAUCGAAGAUAUCGAGCUUCCAGGACAUUCUGUAUCCAAGUCCAUGGUACUGGUAUGGCAAGGUAGGCUACGACGACUGGCACGACACUAGCUGGGAAAACAAGACGAACAGCCUCUAUUGGCGCGGUUCCACCACCGGCGGGUUCAGUCGUAAAGGGGGCUGGCGCCGUCAGCACCGACAGCGCAUUGUUCGUCGCCUCAAUGCCCUCGACAAAGCAAACAUCUCUGUUCCCGUCAACAACGAGGACGGUACUUCUUCAGUAUUAGCACAUCAGAUACAAGAAGUCGACCGCACACUCUAUAAACCCCUCAUCGAUGUCAAGUUCAGCCAUAUCGGACAGUGUGACCCGGGGGACUGCGAUGCGCAGAGGGAGUUCUUCUACGUUGCUGAGCAUGCUGAUGGCCAGGAUGCCUGGUAUUACAAACAUCUUCUCGACAUGGACGGCAACGCUUUUUCGGGCCGCUUCUACUCGUUCCUGAAGUCCCGCAGCUUGACAUACAAGAUGGCGGUGUUCCGUGAGUGGCAUAAUGAGUGGCUUAGGCCAUGGGUCCACUACAUCCCUUUCAGUCUCAUCGGCGACGAACACCUGGAUCUCGUGCGGUGGUUCUCUGGUGUCGAGGUCAAGAAGGGUGAAGGUGAGAAAAAGGAAGCAGAUAAAGGUGGGAAUGGCGACAGCCUAGGGGAGAAGAAGGCAAGAGAGAUUGCUGAGAGGAGUACGGAGUGGUCGGGCAAAGCGCUGCGCAAUGUCGACUUUGAGGCCUGGCUCUUCAGGCUCUUGCUCGAGUAUGGUCGUGUUAUCGAUGAUGAUAGAGAAAACAUCGGAUAUCCUGGGCCUUGA